AUGGGGCAGCGGCGGGGCCCCGCCGUACUGCUCCUCGCCCUGGGGCACUUGGCCAGGCUGCUGGCGUCGGGCACCGCCUGUGACAACGUUUACCGAGGCUUCUCGGACUGCGUCCUCAAGCUGGGGGAAAACAUGGCCACGUACGAGGAGACGGACGGCAUCGAGCUGCAGGGGCUGCACCGAGUCUGUGGGUACUGGGAUGAGUUUCACACAUGUGCCCUGGAAGCACUCUGGAAGUGCCAGAAGGAAGCAGCAGCCAUCUGGGAGAGGCUGAGAACAGAGUCUCGGAAAAUCAAAUUUCAAGGCAGCUUGUUUGACCUCUGCAGCCCCAGCACGGCUCAAAGCAUUGCCUGGACCCACGUUCCCAAGGUUUCUGUCCUCUGUGUCCCCCUCAUCAUCACUUGGCUGAACUUAUGA